AUGCCAUACGCGCAGACUAUCUUUCUCAACAUUCCGGUCAGCGACCUGACCCGAUCGAUUGCCUUCUACACCUCACUUGGGUUUGUUCCAAACCACACCUUUUCCAGCGACUCGUCCAUCAUGAUGUCUCUUCCAGUUCCGACUCACUUCGCCAGCCCACACGAGUCGCCCAUCAAGGUCAUGUUGCUCGAGCACGAUUUCUUCAAGAGUUUCCUCCCCGAAAACAGGACACUAGCCAACGCAAAGGACACGGCGCAGGUGCUCUUGUGCUUCAGCCGGGAGAGCAAGGAAGCCGUCGACGACAUGGUCAAAAAGGCAGCGGAGCACGGAGUGAAUGUGGAUAUUUCAGUAAAGAAUGAAGAGCAGAAAAAGGCCGAGGAGAGCAUCGGGAUGUAUGGUCGCAACUUCGAAGAUCCAGACGGGCAUAUUGUGGAGGUUGUCUAUAUGCCGGUCGAGGCCUACGAGGGAAAGGAGUGA